AUGCUCACUCCUCGAACGACCACUUACUCUCGCACCGGCACUUCAUUCUCACAGGCCGCUGGAAGACAUGACUCGGGCUCCCUGUCGAGAUCCCAAAGCUCUGUCGGUGACAUGAAUGUCAAGUAUCCAGUCUUACGACCCGUCAUGCCUUAUGUCGGUCGAAUCAUAUCGGCCGGACUGGCGUGCGACUUGUUAGACUCAUUCCUCGCCAACAUCGAUGAUGGGAUAUAUGUCCCAUCGUCACCCUUGCUAGUAACACAUAUAUUUAGACGGGACUCGCUGUUGUCGCCGUCAAAACCGAGACCAUGUACGCCCGCACUUCUUGCCAGCAUGCUGCUAAUCUCGGCACAUACUACUGAGUCGCCCUUCUUUGGCCAAUCCCCGGCCGCUAGAAUGCAGCUGUACCAGCGACUGCUACAGCUGACGCUAGAUCUGCUCGAAGGCUCGAGCGAGCCAGUGGAUCCUAGUCGGGACCGUGCGCAGGGGCUGGCCACUAGGUUGUAUCGCUCCCAGCCGAACGUGAUAAUACAUCCGGAUGCUUCCAGUAGCGUGCCGGGUAGACUGGCCUCGCGUAGUAGGCACAGCUAUUUGGACGACAUUGUGACAUAUAUGCAUAUCGCUCUUGUCACCACCACAACGCAAUCCAAACCUGCUGGCUCCCGAUGGUGGCAUACUGCCUUCCAGUUGGCUCGUGAGUUUAAGCUCAAUCGGGAGAUCAGGUCAGGACCCAGCCAGGGCACUUCAGAGGUAGGUGCACAGCCCUCCGAGCAACAAGACGUCGUUGCUGUAUCUACUUCCGACGACAACGCGAGUGAAGAUGAUGAGCAGUCGACAGAUGGCGGUACAUCACCGAUGAGCGUGAGUGAAGAUGCUGUGGUUGAGCCUGGCCACUCGAAGACAGGAGGGGCUUCGCUGCAGGAGCGAGAAGAGCGGCGGAGGAUCUGGUGGACUCUGUACCUAUGGGACAGGCAACUCGCACUUCGCUUCAACAGUCCAUUGGCGAUCAAGGAUGCCGAGAGCCAAGAUACGGAGCUACCGCUGCCUGAUGACCAAUGGCAGACUCUAGUGUUCGACGAGGAUCCGAAAUCACAGAACGAGCAACAACAACCACCCGGCAGUCGCCAUAGUCGUACUGGCCCGCCCACAACCUGCACCGGUACUGGACUAUUUGAUGUUCUCUUGCCAUUGAUGUGCAUCCUUGGCCAAAUCAUAGAUCUGCAUCACCUAAGCUAUCAUCCACGAGUGGAACGAUCUUCUUCGAAUGCUGUCGCAGAUGCAUAUAUCAACACCAUCACACAGCAGCUGAACGAGCUCGAGCCAAGUAUACAGAAUAUGCUUAGCCGCUAUUCAGCAGUAUACUCGGUCCUCGAUGACAUGACUUCACGGAGGAUGCAGAAGCACCGUCAGAUGCUUCACUGUUACGCACGAUUUCUCCAGCAUCUGCUGUAUGCCUUGGUUGGCGGACAAUGGGACAAGCUGACUUUACUGGAGCACGCUGAUGCUUUCACAACUACGCCUCGCUUUCACAUGGCAUUGAACCACUCUGUUGCUGGUGCAGACGUCCUGGGCGAGCUGCGAUCUUUGGACCCGGAUAUUGGCUUCAAGGCUAUGUUCUUCGGCAUCUUCACGUAUCAUGCCGCGACACUGCCAUACGUUGCAGUCACGCACUACAAGUCUAAAGUAAACGCCUCUGUCCUCGCAGCUUGCCAGACAUAUGUGCACAUCUUCGAGGCGACCAACUGUACACACUAUUCGGAGUAUCUUCGUAAAAUGAGAAAACUCCUGCUUUUUGGUAUUUACGAAGCCACGACCGGUAUAGAAAUCACGCGAUCGGAGUCUCACCUUCGUACGCAUAUACUCAAGCUGUACCGCUGGACAGGAGAUGGUACGGGUUUGGGUUUAUGA